GUUUGGUACGAGGAAGAGGAGGAGGAGGAAGGUGAGAUUAAGGGCCACAUUGUGUUCUGUAUGCAGGCUGAACACGCAGGAACACGCACGUACUACUUCAGCGCUGAGACUGCUGAGGAACAGGAGGAGUGGGUCGACGCUAUGAACGAGGCUGUCCAGAUACAGCCUUCAUGGAGGUAUACACACAUACUGUACAAGCAAGCACGCACGCACACAAACACACACACGUAAGCACGCACACGCACAAGCACGCACGCACACACACAAACACGUAAGCACGCAAACACACACACGUAAGCAAGCACGCACGCACACACACACACACUUAAUGUAUUGUGAAAUCUGUUGUAAAAUGUAUUUUAAUGUAAAAAUAUAUAUAUUAUAAUGUAUAUUACUGCCUUAAUUUUUGCUGGACCCCAGGAAGAGUAGCUGCUGCCUUGGCAUCUGCCAAUGGGGAUGCAUAAUGAAUACAAAUACAAGUUCAAAUACACACACACACACACAAACACACACACACUAACUCUCUCCCUUCCCCACAGGACCACCAACUCAGAGGCCACCACACCCACAGCGGAACUCCAUGGUAACACCUUGGUAACCAAAGGACCUGAACCACACACCCAGACACACACAUACAUCAAGGACAACGGCCAGACGACAGACCUCCAAGACACAGAGCGUGGACCACGAAAACCCGCCCAUCACAAGGUCAACGGGGUUGACGCCAUGGAAAUGGCCCUUCCCUCCACCAGCCCCUCAGAGCAGGAGGGGAGGAUGGGGGUAGAGAGAGGGGAGAGGGGGGAGAGAGGAGGGCCAGGACCUGCACCCCAUCCCCAUCACCAGCCCAACGGGUGGGGCCCCUACGGUCCCCCAAACGGGCCCCCUCACCAUGGAAACGGACCCCACCAGGAUAACGGGCGGCCACCCCAGGGACCUCCAGAGGGAGGGAUGAGAGAGGGGAGGGAGAUGAGGGAGCAGCCGGAGAAUGUGGUCCUGAGACGGGGCUUCGUGCCACGGACGAACCCUGAGAGACAGGCCCAGAGGAAGAGCUCCAUGACCUAUCUACAGCAGUGGGUCAACCAGCGCAGAGUCGUGGCUGUACAGGAGGACAUGAACAGGUGGGAGAGAGAGAGAGAGAGAGAGAGAGAGAGAGAGAGAGAGAGAGAGAGAGAAGGAGAGAGGAGGAGAGAGAGACGAGAGAGACGAGAGAUGAGAGAGAGAGGGAGAGAGGAGAGAGAGAGGAGAGAGAGAGAGAGACGAGAGAGAGACAGAAGAGAGGAGAGAGAGGAGAGAAGAGGGAGCGAGAGUCUGUGUCGUGACUCUGUGUUCGGUCGGGCUUAAUGGUUGAGAUUUGAGGUAGCUCAGAGGAUCGGUGAGUAUAGUUAGAAGUCUUGAUUGUCAGAAGAUGAUAUCGGCACCCUGUUCAAGAUUCAGAGGAGACUCUGAGUUAGGGGGAGUUAGUGAGAGGGAGCUAGUCUCGUCUCAUGCUCUCGGAUGAGUGAUCUCUCUCAUGAUGCUGGGUGAUCUGAGUCCUGCGAGCGCGAAUGCUUGGGGUCUUAGGCGGUUGAUAAUAGAGACGAGAGAAUAAGAUAGAGUCAGAGUAGAUAGGAGUAGUAGAUUUAGUUUGUAAGCGGUGUCAACACUAGAAGAGAGUCAACUUGCGAGAGCAGAGGCAUCUGCGUGUAGGUUUCCGCAACUCCAGCAGUCCGGCUCGAUAAGAGACCGGGCGGGAUCCAGAGCUACGUGAAGGCUACAAGCGGGGUAGAGGCGAAGGGGUAGAUGUUAUUUGCGUGUGUAAACUGAGUCUCCCUUCAACCAUCUCUCUGUCUCUCUCUCUCCUCCCCCAGUACCUCCCGUUACUACACAGUGAACCGGGGUGUGCCAGCUGACUACUACAGCGUCUACGAUAGCGUGGGGGGCGGUCCUGGCUACGUGGAGGAGUACCCCCUCUACCCGCCGGGCGUACGCCCCGACAGCAUCUGCUCUGUGUCAGCCGUGGGCUACGACCGCCUGGGCCCCCCUCGCUGGACCAACGAGGAGAAGAGAUGCUCACUACGGGACGGACCUCCCCUCUACGGACUCCCGCCCCCUCGAGACCCAUACAGCCCCCCACCCGGCCCUGCCUAUUACAGCCAGAUGGAUGCAGCACAGACCUCCAUGAGGCGUCUCUCCAUUCAGCCCAGGUCUAGGUCCGUCCCCAGGUCCCCCUCCUCAUCCUCGGGUGGUCCCUACUCACCCGGCCCUCAUAGCUUUGCCUCGCCCGUCCACUCGCCCUCGGCCCGGUUUGACAGAGGACCAAGCAGGCUACAGGAGGAUGUGAUCUACGCUGACCCCUCUGUGUACGGACUGAGGAGAUCACUGAGCUCACCCAAGGUGAGAGAGGGGAGAGGGUGUGUGUGUAUGCGCGCGAUGUGUGUGAUGUCAGGGUAUGUUUGUUAUGUCUGACGAUACUUUUCUGGGAAAAAGACCAAUCGAUGGUAGAUGUGUUAAUUGGAGAAGAUUUGUCUUUCUGUUGCUAGCCCAAAAUCACAGUGAUCUUAGAACAUCCUGGUUAUUUCUCUUAUUUCAGUAUGAUUACCCUGGAGACAGGAGGUCGCUAAGCCAAGGAAUGUACCACUACAACAACCCUGCCUCCCCUUCUCUCCACAGCAAAAUGGUAUGUCCUCCCAAAGCGUGUUACACUAUCAAGAAACAAUGAGUCCAGUGUCAAGAUUGUGAGACACUUGACUACAGCACUCACACACACUUUCACACACCUACACGUGCUUAGCGGGAAUAUUGUCCUCGACAGCUACCUGUGCUUAAAAUAUGAUCUGCAGCGUCUCUAAAGGUAUGCUAUAGCUGCACUUUGCUGCUGUAUCUGGUGUGAGUUCUUAUGUCUGUCCUCCCUGUCUCCCUUCUCUCUUUCUGUCUAUCUUUUGUUUUGUCUCUGUCACUCUGUCACUCUCUCUUUCUCUGUCUGUCUCUUUCUUUAUUUAUGUCUCUGUUACUCUGUCUUUCUCUCUACACACACAACUCUCUCUCCUUACACUCUUUGUAUUUGACUCUGCGUCUGCUGGUGCCACUGAUGCUGUUGCUACUGGUUUCACUGGUGUCUCUGGUACUGGGUCUUGCACUGUCCUCGUCCUUGUCACUGCUGCUGUCACUACUGCUACUUGUAUCAGGAGGACAUUUUAGACCUGCAGCUCCAGAGAAACCUGGAGUACCUUGAUCAACAGGUACGUGCCAUAGGCAUCUCUGGACACACCUCUACCACUACCUCUACCUCUACCGAUGCACAGGAACACUCACACACCAAACAAAAUCCAAUGCAUUUUACACAUACGUGCUAUGUCACAAUACAUUGUGAAAGCUUGGUAACUAACAAAUUACUUGGAAACAACGUUGAUUCAACCAGUUUGUGCCCAGUUUGAAAGCUUGGUAACUUAGCUACUGAGUACAGAGAAGGGUGGGGAAGGAUGAGUCUAGAAGUCGUGAGAAGAUGAGAAGAAUGACAUUAGCAUCAUCCAUAAACUGUUGGUUAUAUUAAACCUCUCACAUAGUGUGGUUGACAGCAUUUGUGGGAUGUUUGCCACAGCAUUCAGAUGUAUUGUCCACGUUGUCCACACUGCUACCUGCUAAAAACCUGUUGUUUCUCACAAUCACAUUCCACAUUCACUCCCACUGUUAUCCUCUCUCCUCUGUCUCACUGUCACUGACUGCUUACACCUUAUGAUAAUGACCAGUUUCUAGUGCUCACUAUACACACCCCAUCAGAUCACUCUACAACAACACUGGAACUCUUUGUUGAACAUUAUACACAAACAGAAAGUUGUCUCUUCGAUUUAACCAAUUUGAUUCAAGGGGUCUGAAUACUUUCCGAAUGCACUGUACAUGUAUCUUAGUAUCAGUAUUAGGGGAAGGGGAACAUUGUGAGGGUAUAGGGGUCUUUAUGUUUCCCAAAUAGUGGGUUGGAACUGCCUUCCUUUGGGUUAUGGCUUGACUGGGUCAUGGUUAGAAACAUGAUUUGUAUUUACUUGGUGACUCAUGUGCAAAGUCCCAGUGGAAAGAAAAUCAUUUUGGGACCACUGUUUGUGGGGCCUGUGGGUCUAGCUGAAGCCUGCCUCUCUGGGACACUCUCUCCUCUCGUACUUGUGAGAAGAGAUUUGCUCUAGAGGAGGAUCGCUCCACCAUUCUGGUUACCAUGCCGAUAAGGUGAUUUUCACCGGUCACCUGGGGCAAAACACACUGUCCAUUUUUGUAUAUAUUUUUUUACGGAAAUAUCACAUUUACAUAAGUAUUCAGACCCUUUACUCAGUACUUUGUUGAAGCACCUUUGGCAGCGAUUACAGCCUUGAGUCUUCUUGGGUAUGAUACUACAAGCUUGGCACACUUGUAUUUGGGGAGUUUCUCCCAUUAUUCUCUGCAGAUCCUCUCAAGCUCUGUCAGGUUGGAUGGGGAGAGUCGCUAGACAGCUAUUUUCUGGUCUCUCCAGAGAUGUUCAAUCGGGUUCAGGUCCUGAGCGCUCUGGAGCAGGUUUUCAUCAAGGAUCUGUCUGUACUAUAUUUCCCUCGAUCCUGACUAGUCUCCCAGUCCCUGCCGCUGAAAACCAUCCCCACAGCAUGAUGCUGCUGUCAACAUGCUUCACUGUAGGAAUGGUGUCAGGUUUCCUCCAGACAUGACGCUUGGCAUUCAGGCCAAAGAGUUCAAUCUUGGUUUCAUCAGACCAGAGUAUCUUGUUUCUCAUCGUCUGAGAGUCCUUUAGGUGCCUUUUGGCAAACUCCAAGCAGGCUGUCGUGUGCCUUUUACUGAGGAGUGGCUUCCGUCUGGCCACUCUACCAUAAAGGCCUGAUUGGUGGAGUUCUGCAGAGAUGGUUGUCCUUCUGGGAAGUUCUCCCAUCUCCACAAAGGAACUCUGGAUCUCUGUCAGAGUGACCAUUGGGUUCUUGGCCACCUCCCUGACCAAGACCCUUCUCCCUCGAUUGCUCAGGUUGGCCGGGCGGCCAGCUCUGGAAGGGUCUGGGUGGUUCCAAACUUCUUCCAUUUAAGAAUGAUGUAGGCCACUGUGUUCUUGGGGACCUUCAAUGCUGCAAAAAUUUUUUGGUACCCAUCCCCAGAGCUGUGCCUGUCCUUCGACCUCAUGUCUUGGUUUUUGCUCUGACAUGCACUGUCAACUGUGGGACCUUAUAUAGACAGGUGUGUGCCUUUCCAAAUCAUGUCCAAUCAAUUGAAUUUACCACAGGUGGACUCCAAUCAAGUUGUAGAAACAUCUCAAGGAUGAACAAUGGAAACAGGAUGCACCUGAGCUCAAUUUCGAGUGUCAUAGCAAAGGGUCUCAAUACUUAUGUAAAUAAGAUAUUUAUGUUUAUUUUUUUUUUAUACAUUUGCAAACAUUUCUAAAAAUCAGUUUUCACUUUGUCAUUAUGGGGUAUUGUGUGUAGAUUGAUGAGGGAAAAAAUAUUUUAUCCAUUUUAGAAUAAGGCUGUAAUGCAACAAAAUGUGGAAAAAGGCAAGGGGUCUGAAUACUUUCCGAAUGCACUGUAUCUAUGUAAUAAGAACUGUAAAUGUCUGUAAAUGUCUCCUCUACACUUCAGCUUACUAACGCUUUUCCAAGAUGUCUGGAUUGCUGUAGCACAGAUUGUUUUCCACUUGCCUUGUAGCCACAUGGUUUCUGGUAUCUUAGUGUAACUCCUUGUGCAGGCUCUCUCUUUCCACAGAUGCCAACUACUGCCCUCUUCAGGGCUUUUCUAGUCACUAGUGAUUUAGGGUAGGAGGCUCAGCUGUAGUCUAGACAGAAUCAAGGUGAAUGAUUUUCCCCUCCCACUCCAUAGUCUCCCCCAAGCUAUACACAGGCCAAGCCUGCCUCUCUCUCCUCUCUCCAUUCCUCAAUUCUAGCAUGUGGAUUUUAGACGCUAGACUCUCUCCACAGAACUGGCUUUUGGUUUCUUUGUCUUACCAAUUUGUUUGCAAUUUUUGUUCUCCAUGUUGCUUCACAGUGCUUUAUGUUUCUUUGUAUUCCCAUCUGUGUUUUAUGUCAUAUCCUGUCUUGUGCUGUAGCCUAAUAGUGUGUCAAUGCUUCAUAACACCCCCAACCACCCUCCCUCUGUGAUGUCAUAUCCUCCUUUGUAUACCAUCCAAUCACAGUCCUCCAUAAGGACAUAGAUCAGUGUUUCCAAACCCUGGUCCUCGAGUACCCCCAACAGUACACAGUUUAAUUGCAGUCCUUGACAAACACACCUCAUUCAACUCAUUGAGGGCUUGAUGAUUAGUUGAUAACUUGAAUCAGGUGUGCUUGUCCAGGGUUACAAUAAAAGUGUGUACUGUUGGGGGGUACACUCGAGGACCAGGGUUGGGAAAAACUGACAUAGAUGACCUGGAUAUGACCUUUGACAUUUUGACAGAGGGGGUUAGCAUUCCAGCUCACCCUAAUGCAGGGAUCAUCAACUUGAUUUAGCCGCGGGGCGAUUAUUUAUUGAACGGAUGGCCAGAACAUAAUUACAAAUAAUUUGUAGAAUGCAAAUUGACUGCAAGAAGGCCAAAUGUGUGGAAAUACUUUAGAUUAGAUUUCCAAAAUUAAAAUCACUUGGAGCUGACUUGCUGGUGUUUUUACAGUAUUUUAUGUCCAACAAUAAAACAUUUAAAAAACUUGGGAGGGGGGCUAAAUAAAAUGCGCAGAAAAAAUGGGGGGGCCAAACAAAAUCACCCGCUCUGUCUGCUCCAUACUGUAAACAACACAGAUUAAUAUGUUUUUAUGUUUGUUAUUGUUUUGUUAUUAUCUUAUUUGUUCAGUAUUAAUACCGAUGUGAUAUGUACUGUGAUAUACUAUGUAUGUACUAUGCACAUGGUAUGGUAUUGUGUUGUUACACUGGUUCUGUUCUGUGCUACGCCAUUGAUAAAGUGUUGUUCACAACUGGGUGGGUCUGGGCCAUUCCAAUGGCUCACUGAAGCCAUCUGUAAAAUGAUGUGUGGGUUGUUUUACAAACCCUUGGUCUGUGAAGGAUUAGUUUGGUCUAUGAAGAAUUAGUUUGAAUAGGGUUCUGGUUGAUAUAAUAUAAGUAUUAAGAGUCCUGUCUCUGUUUUCCCAGGUGCCUCAGUUCCAUGACCCCUACAGGGAGCUGCACCCCACACUGAAACGCAACGAGAUGGAGACCAGUGUAAGGCUGGGUCCCUCCAUCUAACUAUCCCAUAAACAGCCUCACUCCUCUUAUCCUAAACAAUCAACCUUCAGCCACCUUCCUCUCUCCUGCAAACACCCUCCUUCCAAUGGCAAAAUUGCUUAAUUUGUUCACUGCCAUUUUAAUAAACUGCCUCUCUCUCUCUCUCUCUCUCUCUCUCUCUCUCUCUCUCUCUCUAGAAACUUCUGGGUCGUCUGUGUGAGCAGAACAGUAUUCUAAAGGACCAGGAGGCAGUGGUCCACAGGCUGAGGAUGGACAAGGUAGAUAGAGACCUUUUACCACUAACACUAAAAACUUCCCCUAGUACUCUACCAGCUCCAGCAUUCUAAACAUUGCAAAGUCCAGGCGAGUCCAGCUGAAGACACAGCAUGUCUACUGGUAUAUCCUGCUACGAAAUGACACCUAGAUUAUGUCCCAUGACAAGGACAAUAAAAACAAGGCAGUCAUGGUAUUUACAAUGUAACGUGUUAUAUGUGGCGUGUGAGGUGUCUUAUGGCUUCUGUUAUUAAAUGUAGGUAGUAAAUGUCUAUAUGUUAUGUCAUAUCAAUCCAGAAUAAUGCUAUAAAAUACAAAGCUGCUAAAGAAAGUAAACAGAGAAGUACGCUCUGGGGUGCAGUUUCCCCUUGGUAAAGAUUUAGAAUCAGCUUCCCCACCCCCAAAUCCUAACCUUUACCAUUAGUGAGUAUGCAAAACUGACCUAAGGUCAGUGUCUAGGGGCAACUUCACCCUACUCCAUAAAAGUAGCCAAACAUGGUCUGACAUGUCCCCUGUUACCUGCUGUUCCCAGGACAGCCUAGAGGGAGCACUGGUGGCCACGCACCAGGAGAUGGAGCUGUACCGGGGUCAGCCGUUGGCUGCAGACAAACUACAGCUGAAGAAGGAGAAACUGCAGAACCAGCUCAUCAACAUCAGAGGAGAACUCUCCCAGGCAUCCAGCGUAAGAAAGACACAUAGCCAGGGAUAAUCCAUGAUAAUCCAUAGUGGUACCGGAGCGCCAAGUCUAGGACCAAAAGGCUCCUUAACAGCUUCUACCCCCAAGCCAUAAAACUGCUGAACAAUUAAUCAAAUGGCCACCCAGACUAUUUACAUUGACACCUCCCCCUCCAUUUGUUUUUACACUGCUGCUACUCGCUGUUUAUUAUCUAUGCAUAGUCACUUUACCCCUACCUCGACUAACCUGUACCAAUUUUAUAUCAUCUAUAAUCUAUAAGUAAAUCAAGGAGAUCCCUUUAAGGUAUCCUGUGUAAGAGAUAUGGAGGAUGAAUCUAAAAUAUAACAGUAUCUCAUCUAUAAUCUAUAAUCUAUCAAAUCUGAUCACAAUCAGAGGACAACUCUCCUACUCCAGUGUGAUAGAUAUUGUAAAGUCAAUGGUUGCUUUAGAAAGUGACUAUAAGGCAAGAGGUUUCAGCAUACAGUCAGGGUUUCUCAUGCGUAGGAAAAACUGUGCCUACUGCCACACCCACCACCUAAGCCCCUUUUUGAUUUUGGAAAAACCCUGAUAAUAUUUAUAGUUCCAGGGUCUAAAUGUGUGUUCUAGGGUCUGAGUGUGUGUUCUAGGGUCUGAGUGUGUGUCCACGGUCUGAAUGUGUGUUCCUGGGUCUGAGUGUGUGUUCCUGGGUCUGAGUGUGUCUUCUAGGGUCUGAGUGUGUGUUCCAGGGUCUGAGUGUGUGUUCCAGGGUCUGAGUGUGUGUUCCAGGGUCUGAGUGUGUGUUCCAGGGUCUGAGUGUGUGUUCCAGGGUCUGAGUGUAUGUUCUCUCCCCUGCUGUCCCCAGGUUCUGACCACCACCCGGAUGGAGUUUGAAACUUUGGAGGACGAGGUCAAUGCUAUCCAUGGAGACCUGUGGGAACAGCUCAACACAGGCGGGCAGGUACACGGACACCCUCUCUUCAUCUUGACCCCACACUGACCACAAACUCUAUGACCCACCUAAAGCUUCUGAUGUUUUAUUGUGGCGUACAAAGUUACCAAAACCUGUGUUUCUAACUAGUCGCCAGUCGAACACUGAAUAUGGAGCCUAGAAAUUAAAUGACUAGAAUGGAACUGAUCCUAUAAUCGCACCUGCUCAUAACCCCACCUGUAUGGUUCCAUUUUAGAGUUUAUAUGGCUGUUCAUUGGCUAAUUUCCAGUCACUUACCACAGUGUUAUCCUAGCUUGUUAAUAGCUGAGUCCAACCCUUCCUCCUAAUCAAUCAUUUAAACAGAAUAGGAAUCACUCAUCAAUAAUAAAUUAACACAAACAUUAAUUGUCAUCAUGUCCUAUUUAUCAUCAUACUUCUGAUGAUAUUAUCUAGAAUGUAUAAAGUACAGUCAACCUGCCCCAUUAAACACCUGACUGCCCCUCCUCUCCAUGGAGUAUCACCUGGCUCAUAGUGGUGAACUGUUAAGAGACUGUCCAUAAGAAUGCCAUGUCUGUGACCCACUCAGUAAAACAAUGUCCUAUUCAUUAGGAAUGAAACGGAAGCAAACGGGCCAAAACGGGGAGGGAGUACCUGAACUAGUCCAAUAAACAAAAAAACAUGUUUUGGGUUUCCUUUGCGAAAUGUUUUGCUACAUUUACUUACAGCGUACACUAAUGCAUGUAUGAGACCUUGUUAUUUUCUUAGACAAUAAGGCUACCUGGUGUCACUCUCUCACUGAGACACCUAACUGCUGCUUGUCACGAUCGUCUAGGAGUGAAGGAGACCAAAGCGCAGCGCGUUGAACGAACAUGACUUUAAUUAGAGUAAGCACGUAAAAUACAAAACAAAAGACGACUCGUGAAGUCCACAGUACAAAUACUGAAACACGGAACAAUAACCCACAAAACAAAGGAGAAAACACACAGAAUAUAUAUGGCUCCCAAUCAGAGAUAACGAGCCGACAGCUGACACUCGUUACCUCUGAUUGGGAGUCAUCGACCAAUCACCACAUGACACAAACAAAAAUGAGACUCACCCAUUCCCAACACCACCAAAUGAAAUACACCCAACACAAGAAAAUGAACAACCCUGGCUCAAUAUAAACGUCCAUAGAGCCAGAGUGUUACAGUACCCCCCCCUAAAGGUGCGAACUCCGGGCGCACCAGCAUACAGUCUAGGGGAGGGUCUGGGUGGGCGUCUGUCCACGGUGGCGGUUCUGCUUCUGGUCGUGGUCCCCAUCCCACCUUAGUCACUCUCCGCUUCCGUCCUCCCUUCCUCAUGACCACCCCCCAACUCAACCCCACAGGAUUAAGGGGCGGCACCGGACUCAGGGGCAGCACCGGGAUAAGGGGCAGCACCGGGACAAGGGGCAGCACCGGACUACGGGGCAGUACCGGACUAAGGGGCAGCACCGGACUAAGGGGCAGCACCGGGAUAAGGGGCAGCACCGGGACAAGGGGCAGCACCGGACUCAAGGGCAGCACCGGGCUAAGAGGCAGUACCGGACUACGGGUCAGCACCGGGCUAAGGGGCGGCACCGGACUCAGGGGCAGCACCGGACUAAGGGGCAGCACCGGGCUGAAGGGCAGUACAGGACUAAGGGGCAGCACCGGGCUAAGGGGCAGUACCUGACUAGAUGGCGGAUCCUGGCUGGCUGGCUCUGGCGGAUCCUGGCGGGACGGCUCUGGCGGAUCCUGGCGGGACGACUCUGGCGGAUCCUGGCGGGACGGCUCUGGCGGAUCCAGGCUGGACGACACUGGCGGAUCCUGGCGGGACGGCUCUGGCGGAUCCAGGCUGGACGGCUCUGGCGGAUCCAGGCUGGACGGCUCUGGCGGAUCCUGGCGGGACGGCUCUGGCGGAUCCGGGCUGACCGGCUCUGGCGGAUCCUGGCUGGCCGGCUCUGGCUGAUCCUGGCUGGACGGCUCUGGCGGAUCCUGGCGGGACGGCUCUGGCGGAUCCGGGCUGACCGGCUCUGGCGGAUCCUGGCUGGCCGGCUCUGGCUGAUCCUGGCUGGACGGCUCUGGCGGAUCCGGGCUGGACGGCUCUGGCGGAUCCGGGCUGGACGGCUCUGGCGGAUCCGGGCUGACCGGCUCUGGCGGAUCCUGGCUGGCCGGCUCUGGCUGAUCCUGGCUGGACGGCUCUGGCGGAUCCUGGCUGGCCGGCUCUGGCUGAUCCUGGCUGGCUGACGGAUCUGGCUGCUCAUGGCUGGCUGACGGAUCUGGCUGCUCAUGGCUGACUGACGGAUCUGGCUGCUCAUGGCUGGCUGACGGAUCUGGCUGCUCAUGGCUGGCUGACGGAUCUGGCUGCUCAUGGCUGGCUGACGGAUCUGGCUGCUCAUGGCUGGCUGACGGAUCUGGCUGCUCCUGGCUGGCCGACGGAUCUGGCUGCUCAUGGCUGGCCGACGGAUCUGGCUGCUCAUGGCUGGCCGACGGAUCUGGCUGCUCAUGGCUGGCUGACGAAUCUGGCUGCUCAUGGCAGGCUGACGGAUCUGGCUGAUCCUGUCUGGCCGAAGGCUCUGGCUGAUCCUGUCUGGCGGAAGGCUCUGGCUGAUCCGGUCUGGCGGAAGGCUCUGGCUGAUCCGGUCUGACGGAAGGCUCUGGCUGCUCCUGUCUGGCGGAAGGCUCUGGCUGAUCCUGUCUGGCGGAAGGCUCUGGCUGAUCCUGUCUGGCGGAAGGCUCUGGCUGAUCCUGUCUGGCGGAAGGCUCUGGCUGAUCCUGUCUGGCGGAAGGCUAUGGCUGAUCCUGUCUGGCGGAGAGCUCUAGCGGCUCCGGUCUGGCGGACGGCUCUGAAGGCUCAUGGCAGACGGGCGGCUUUGCAGGCUCAGUACAGACGGGCAGUUCAGACGGCGUUGGGCAGACGGACAGUUCAGACGGCGUUGGGCAGACGGGCAGUUCAGGCGCCGUUGGGCAGACGGGCAGUUCAGACGGCGUUGGGCAGACGGGCAGUUCAGACGGCGUUGGGCAGACGGGCAGUUCAGGCGCCGUUGGGCAGACGGGCAGUUCAGACGGCGUUGGGCAGACGGGCAGUUCAGACGGCGUUGGGCAGACGGGCAGUUCAGGCGCCGUUGGGCAGACGGGCAGUUCAGACGGCGUUGGGCAGACGGACAGUUCAGGCCCCGUUGGGCAGACGGCAGACUCUGGCCGUCUGAGGCGCACCGUAGGCCUGGUGCGUGGUGCCGGAACUGGAGGUACCGGGCUGAGGACACGCAUCUCAGGGCUAGUGCGGGGAGAAGCAACAGGGCAUGCUUGGCCCUGGGGACGCACAUAAGGCCUAGUGCGGAGAGCAGGAACAGGCCGGGCUGGGCUGGCGACGCGCACCGUAUCCCUGGUGCGAGAGGCCGGAACAGGCCGGGCCGGGCUGGCGAAGCGCACCGUAUCCCUGGUGCGUGGAGUAGGAACAGGCCGGGCUGGGCUGGCGACGCGCACCGUAUCCCUGGUGCGAGUGGCCGGAACAGGCCGGGCCGGGCUGGCGAAGCGCACCGUAUCCCUGGUGCGAGUGGCCGGAACAGGCCGGGCUGAGCUGGCGACGCGCACCGUAUCCCUGGUGCUUGGAGUAGGAACAGGCCGGUCCGUACCGGGAACACACACCACUGGCCUCAACCGAGGAUCAGGAACGGGCCGGACCGGACUGGCAACACACAUCAGUCCUUCACACCGUGCCACACACACUUCCCUCCCUCUACUCGCCAAUGACUCCCGUACUCCGUUAGCCUUCUCUCCUUUUCUCCCUGUGGCAGCCUCCUGCUGCCCAGCUGCCCGAGCCAUGUGCCCCCCCCAAAAAAUUUCUUGGGGUUGCCUCUCGUCCACGGGCCUCCAGCCUCGCCUUCUUGCUGCCUCCUCAUACCACCUCCUCUCGGCUUUGGCUGCCUCCAGCUCUUCACGAGGGCGGUGAUAUUCCUCCGGUUGUGCCCAAGGACCCUUUCCAGCCCGAAUCUCCUCCCAUGUCCAAAAAUCCUUAGGAGGCGUCCAUAACUCCUGUGUAGGUAGGUCUUGUUGCCGCUUGUUACGCUGCUUGGUCCUUUUGUGGUGGGUUAUUCUGUCACGAUCGUCUAGGAGUGAAGGAGACCAAAGCGCAGCGCGUUGAACGAACAUGACUUUAAUUAGAGUAAGCACGUAAAAUACAAAACAAAAGACGACUCGUGAAGUCCACAGUACAAAUACUGAAACACGGAACAAUAACCCACAAAACAAAGGAGAAAACACACAGAAUAUAUAUGGCUCCCAAUCAGAGAUAACGAGCCGACAGCUGACACUCGUUACCUCUGAUUGGGAGUCAUCGACCAAUCACCACAUGACACAAACAAAAAUGAGACUCACCCAUUCCCAACACCACCAAAUGAAAUACACCCAACACAAGAAAAUGAACAACCCUGGCUCAAUAUAAACGUCCAUAGAGCCAGAGUGUUACACUGCUACAUCACUCUCUAACUUGUUUUCUAGUAGAAGACUACAAUAACAACAAGUUAUUAACAGUAUUAGAUCUAUUCAGUAUUAUACUUCAAAUUUUCUUCUCUAACACUCUUCUCUCCUUUCUCCUUCUCUUAUCACCUUUACUUCCCUUGUCUAUUCUCCAUCCUCCUCCCCUCCUCUCCUCCGUCAGAGUGAGAUGAUCCACAGACACAUUCAGAAGGAGUUCUGGAGAGUUCAGGAUGUGUUGGAGGGACUCCACAAAAACAACCUUUCCAGAGGCACAGACACAGCCAAACACCGGGGUACGCCUGCACCUAACAACAACAUAACCUACAGUAUAGACUUUUUCCACAUUUUGUUACGUUACAGCCUUAUUCUAAAAUUGAUUUAAAUGUUUUUUCCUCAUCUAUCUAUACACAAUAGUUUUUUCGAUAUUUAUGCAAAUGUGGGGUGCCAGGGUGCCCAUCAUUACGCACACCUGUCACCAUCCUUACACACAUCAGCGCUUCACUGGUACUGUUUAUAUUAAAUGUUCACACCUGGUACCUGCUUCUCGUUUCCAAGCGUCUGUCCUUACAGAAUGCUGACACUACUAUAAGAAAUGUUUUGUUUUUUUGUUUGGGUUGGGGACGUCGGGUCUGGGUGCCGCUGCUGAAGGAACCCAGGGAUGCCUCAGCUGGCUCGUCAGGCUUCCAUGCCUUAGCUGGCUCGAGAGGUUAUCUUGCCUCGGUUGGCUCGGCAAGCUCCCAUCCCACGUCAUGCCUCAGCGGGUUCAUCAGCCUCCCAUGCCUCAGCGGGCUCGUCAGGCUCCCAUGCCUCAGAGGGCUCGGCAGGCUCCCAUCCCACGUCAUGCCUCAGCCGGCUCGUCAGGCUUCCACGCCUCAGCCGGCUCGUCAGGCUUCCACACCUCAGCCGGCUCACCAGGCUCCCAUGCCUCAGCCGGCCCGUCAGGCUCGACAGGUUACCGCGCCUCGGCCCGCUCGUCAGGCUUCCAUGCCUCAGCCGGCUCAUCAGGCUUCCACACUUCAGCUGGCUCGUCAGGCUUCCACGCCUCAGCCGGCUCGUCAGGCUUCCACGCUUCGGCCGGCUCGCCAGGCUCCCGCGCCUCGGCCGGCCCGUCAGGCUUCCACACCUCAGCCGGUUCGUCAGGCUCCCACGCCUCGGCCGGCUCGUCAGGCUUCCACACCUCGGCCGGCUCGUCAGGCUUCCACACCUCGGCCGGCUUGUCAGGCUUCCACACCUCGGCUGGCUCGUCAGGCUUCCAUGCCUCAGCCGGCUAGUCAGGCUUCCACAGCUCAGCCGGCUAGCCAGGCUCCCACGCCUUGGCCGGCCCAUCAGGCUCGACAGGUUACCACGCUCGGCCGGCUUGGCCGGCUCCCAUGCCUCAGCCAGCCCGUCAAGUUCGUCCAGGGUGGCGUCCCUAGAGGGGGAGGGGUACUGUCAGACCUGCUCCCGCUCCCCCUGCCCUGAACUUCAUCACGGCUUAAUUACCUCCCCGAUAUCUGUCUGUUCCUCUGUUUGAUCCCGGUGUCAGCAUUAAUAUUGUUUUGUUUCCGUUGUCCAGACGCUGUCUGUGUUUUGUUCCUGUCUGUUUUUUCAUUAAAUGUUCGCUCUCUGUACUUGCUUCUCGUCUCCCAGCGUCUGUCCUCACAGGUACUUUGUUGAAGCACCUUUGGCAGCAAUUACAGCCUCGACUCUUCUUGGGUAUGACACUACAAGCUUGGCACACCUGUAUUUGGGGAGUUUCUCCCAUUCUUCUCUGCAGAUCCUCUCAAGCUCUGUCAAGUUGGAUGGGGAGCGUCGCUGCACAGCUUUUUUCAGGUCUCUCCAGAGAUGUUUGAUCUGGUUCAAGUCCGGGCUCUGGCUGGGCCACUCAAGGACAUUCAGAGACUUGUCCCGAAGCCACUCCUGCGUUGUCUUGGCUGUGGCGUAGGGUCGUUGUCCUGUUGGAAGGUGAACUUUCAUCCCAGUCUGAGGUCCUGAGCGUUCUGGUGCAGGUUUUCAUCAAAGAUCUUUCUGUACUUUGCUUCGUUCAUCUUUCCUCGAUCCUGACUAGUCUCCCAGUCCCUGCCACUGAAAACCAUCCCCACAGCAUGAUGCUGCCACCACCAUGCUUCACCAUAGGGAUGGUGCCAGGUUUCCUCCAGACGUGAUGCUUGGCAUUCAGGCCAAAGAGUUCAAUCUUGGUUUCAUCAGACCAGAAAAUCUUGUUCUCAUGGUCUGAGAGUCCUUUAGGUGCCUUUUGGCAAACUCCAAGCGGGCUGUCAUGUGCCUUUACUGAGGAGUGGCUUCCGUCUGGCCACUCUACCAUAAAGGCCUGAUUGGUAGAGUGCUGCAGAGAUGGUUGUCCUUCUGGAAGGUUCUUCUAUCUCCACAGAGGAACUCUGGAGCUCUGUCAGAGUGACCAUCGGGUUCUUGGUCACCUCCCUGACCCCUUCUCCCCCGAUUGCUCAAAUUGGCAGGGCGGCCAGCUCUACGAAGGGCCUUGGUGGUUCCAAACUUCUUCCAUUUAAGAUUGAUGGAGGCCACUGUGUUCUUGGGGACCUUCAAUACUGCAGAAAUGUUUGGUACCAUUCCCCAGAUCUGUGCCUCCACACAAUCUUGUCUCGGAGCUCUACGGACAAUUCCUUCGACCUCAUAGCUUGGUUUUUGCUCUGUCAACUGUGGGACCUUAUAUAGACAGGUGUGUGCCUUGUCCAAUCAAUUGAAUUCACCACAGGUGGACUCCAAUCAAGAUGUAGAAACAUCAAGGGUGAUCAACGGAAACAGGAUGCACCUGAGCUAAAUUUCCAAGUCUCAUAGCAAAGGGUCUGACUACUUAUGUAAAUUAGUUAUUUAUGUUUUUUAUUUUUAAUAAAUUUGCAAAAAUGUCUAAAAAUUUGUUUUUGCUUUUUCAUUAUCGGGUGUUGUGUGUAAAUUGAUGAGGACAUUUUUUUAUUUAAUCAAUUUUAGAAUAAGGCUGUAACCUAACUAAAUGUGGAAAAUGUCAAGGGGUCUGAAUACUUUCCGAAUGCACUGUAUAGUAAUUGCCACGUCUGUUGUGUUUUUUUUCUAUCUGUCUGAAAUCUACCACACCAUUUUGAACUAUCUGUAGCUGCAGUACAUGAUAAAUGAAUAAAUGAAUCAAUAGGAGUAUAUUGAUGAACAGCGUUCUGCAUGCAUAUCUAACUCCCUCCCUCCCUCCCUCCCUCCCUCCCUCCCUCCCUCCCUCCCUCCCUCCCUCCCUCUCCUCUAUCUCUCUGUCUCUCUGUCUCUCUGUCUCCUCUCCCCCAUAUCUCCCUCUCCCUCUCUCUCUCUCUCUCUCACACAGUGGCCAGUGGAGCAUCAGGUUCUUUUAGCACCAAUAGUCCUGCCAGUCCCCUGAGCUCAGUAAGCCUCACCAGUCCGCUCAGCCCCUUCUCCCCAUUGCCCGGUUCCCAGGCCUCUCCCACAAAACAACUCGGUCCUGAGGUAAGCACUGCCUCUUCCUACUACCCACGCACCCACCUGGGUCACCACCCAGGACCUCAACCUAACACCCACUGAGUCCUCAACCUAACACCCACCUGAAUCUUGACCCAAACACCCAGCUGAGUCCUGACCCAAACACCAAAGACCCCCUUAUACACUCCUUACCUCGCACCCAGCCCAGGGCCCUCAGUCCUGAAACACAGUACCAGGUCCUGUACUUAGGCAUCCAGUCCCGUUCCUGAACUUAAAUCCCUACUUAACACCUAACAAAGUCCUGAGCAAAGUAGGCACCCUGGUCUUGAACCAAAUGUCCACCUGUGUCCUGAGUCAAACUCCCACCCUAGCACUAACCAAGCCAACCAGCUAGCCCCUGUAGAGAGUACAGACACCCAGAAACAUGCAAAACUGCACACCCCUCGAGCCAACCAGCAUGACCUUAGAAAUACUGUGGACACCCAACCAAACACAGACCCCAACACCAACACCAACCUCAGUACCAGUCAAGCAAUCCAGGCAGCCCUUAGUGACAGUACACAUCCACAGCCACACAGCCACCAAGCCAGGUGCUUAUGGUACACCCCACACCCUGGUACCACCACACAACCCGGUACCACCACACACCCCGAUACCAUCACACACCCUGGUACCACCAUACACUCCGGUACCACCACACACCCCAGUACCAUCACACACCCCGGUACCACCACACACCCCGGUACCACCACACACUCCGGUACCAUCACACACCCUGUUACCACCAUACACUCCGGUACCACCACACACCCCGGUGCCACCACACACCCCGAUACCAUCACACACCCUGGUACCACCAUACACUCCGGUACCACCACACACCCCAGUACCAUCACACACCCCGGUACCACCACACACCCCGGUACCACCACACACUCCGGUACCAUCACACACCCUGUUACCACCAUACACUCCGGUACCACCACACACCCCGGUGCCACCACACACCCCGAUACCAUCACACACCCUGGUACCACCAUACACUCCGGUACCACCACACACUCCGGUGCCACCACACACCCCGAUACCAUCACACACCCUGGUACCACCACAUACCCCGGUACCACCACACACUCCUGUACCAUCACACACCCCGGUACCACAGCCACCCAAACAACAGGCCUUGGGCCAGAGUGUACAGGCAGACCCAUCUCUAGACCUGAUGGACUGUACUGUAAGAUUUAAGAUGUUUAAGAUGGGUUGCAGCAGUUGUAGCACACACCAGACAGACUUGAUACAAUAACAGUUCUAAUGUGAUGUUGUACUUACUGUAUUAUGAUGAUGCAUCUUAUAUUACUUUGUAUUGCCAAUAGUAAGAAGCAAAACUAGAGGUUUGAAGCAGAAUGUGUUAUGCUUUCUGAAGUAAAGUAUAAAGCUGAGGUUGACUAAUGGUCCUAGUCAGUAACUGGUUAACAAAGUUCUGUGUCCAGCAGGCUCAGGGAAUCCUCACUGACAUUCUCAGUGAAAAAUUAGUCAGGAGUUCUCAGCCUGCAUGUCGUUAAAUUUUUAUUUCUAGGGCCAUGUCAACAUCAAUAAGCUCUUUCUCUGCCAGAAAAGGUCAGAAAAGGUGAUGUCAAAAAAGUUAUGUGUAACACUGUGUAGCACUGUUAUUAGUAUUAACCAGGGCCCAUCCGCACAUUUUCCUUGAUCUCUAAUCUAAGGAGCACGACCUGGUUAGGACAGCCGGACUGCCUGUCUGUGUGUCUCCACCGGCCAACACAGAGCCUUCACAUAUCUCCUGAUCCACUUUGCUAUGAGGAUGACAAGCAGAUGACAUAUGUGUUUUCCUCCUUAAUCAAAUCGUACACGUCGAUUCAGAGCAUCCCAAACAUGCUCAAUGGGUGACAUGUCUGGUGAGUAUGCAGGCCAUGGAAGAACUGGGACAUUUUCAGCUUCCAGGAAUUGUGUACAGACCCUUGCAACAUGGAGUCGUGUAUUAUCAUCCUGAAGCAUGAGGUGAUGGUGGUGGAUGAAUGGCACGACAAUGGGCCUCAGGAUCUCGUCACGAUAUCUCUGUGCAUUCAAAUUGCCAUCGAUAAAAUGCUAUUGUUUUCGUUGCCUGUAGGUUAUACCUGCCCAUACCAUAACCCCACCGCCACUCUGUUCACAACGUUGACAUCAGCAAACCGCUCGCCCACAGACGCCAUACACGCUGUCUGCCAUCUGCCCAGUACAGUUGAAACCGGGAUUCAUCCGUGAAGAGCACACUUCUCCAGCGUGCCAGUGGCCAUCAAAGGUGAGCAUUUGCCCACUGAAGUCGGUUACGACGCUGAACUGCUGUCAGGUCAAGAACCUGGUGAGGACGACGAGCACGCAGAUGAGCUUCUCUGAGACGGUUUCUGACAGUUUGUGCAGAAAUUCCUGUUGUGCAAACCCACAGUUUCAUCAGCUAUCCGGGUGGCUGGUCUCAGACAAUCCCGGAGGUGAAGAAGCCAGAUGUGGAGGUCCUGGGCUGGUGUGGUUACACAUGGUCUGUGGUUGUGAGGCUGGUUCUGUAAAAGCCAAAUUCUGUAAAACCACGUUGGAGGCGGCUUAUGGUAAAGAAAUUAAUAUUACAAUAUCUGGCAACAGCUCUGGUGGACAUUCCUGCAGUCAGCAUGCCAAUUGCAUGCUCCCUCAAAACUUUAGACAUCUGUGGCAUUGUCUUGUCUGACAAAACUGCACAUUUUAGAGUGGCCUUUUAUUGAACCCAGCACAAGGUGCACCUGUGUAAUGAUCAUGCUGUUUAAUCGGCUUCUUGAUAUGUUACACCUUUUAGGUGGAUGGAUUAUCUUGGCAAAGGAGAAAUAAUCACUAACAGGGAUGUAAUCAAAUUUGUGCACAAAAUUUUAGAGAAAAAUACUUUUUGUGCAUAUGGAACGUUUCUGGGAUCUUUUAUUUCAGCUCAUGAAACAUGGGAGCAACACUUUACGUGUUAAAGUUUAUAUUUUUGUUCAGUAUAGUUCCGAAUAUACUGAAGCGCUCUGGGACUGGAGUUGGAUCCUCCUGUUUUAGAAUUAAACUGUUGUGCUCUGCCUUCCUCUGGCUCUCAGCCAACUCUCUCUGUAUGCGUGAAGCUCAUAAUCACACUAUGCUGACAUUUGAAUUAUAGUGUUCAAGAGCAGAAAGCAACAGUCUAUUUUGUGAAUCAUAUAAUCAUCAUAUAAUGUAUAUAAUCAUCAUAUAAUGUAUCAUCUAUGUUGCUUAAUGAUUGUAACUGAUUGGAAAUUGUAGCGCUACUUUCUAUCUUGUUUUUCAUAUUCAGCAGCUAUCAGUGGUCUGUAUCAGUACUACUAAUCUUAUUAGAAUUCAGUAUGUGCAUUCAUGCUAGCUCUCAGUCCAGGCAUCUCAUUGGACACCUGUGACCCUUCACCCCUGAAGUUCAUUGGGGUCGGGGCUCCAAUCCUCAUAUCGUUCCAUGAUCCUCUCUGCUCUGCACUCCGCCUGGCUUUUGUCACUCCUCCUGAUGCACAGCGCUCUCUCUUCCUCCUCCUACCAUCCUCCUCCCUCCUUCCUUCCUUUCUUCCUUCCCUCUCUUCCUCUUAUUCUUCCUCCUUCCUGUGGCUUAAGGACAUUGGCCCGCCACGGCCACCACUUCCCAAAUCCUACUACCCCCUGGAGUUGCUCCCCUCCCUCCCCCGUCAGCCCUUUGACAGCUCCACCUGGCUACGCAGCCAGGGCCUGGAUGACGGUUACGUUGACGACGAAGAGUCCCGCGGCAGAAAGGUAUUUGGUGACGGGAGGAUGGGAGGGAGUUCCCAACCCUGCCACGCCCCCUGUCACUCACCCAAGCUGGUAGAUGUUGUCCAUAACCACUGAUUCAGGGACAUAUUUGUUUUUGUCCCCCUAAUGGGUAAAGUAAGGAUUGGGGGAAGCCAUCCUUGUCCUCCCCAUAAACACUCCCAGACCCCUAAAACAACAGAGCUCUAAGCUCUACCACACACACUCCUUUUACGCCAGCCCCCCCCCCCCACCCCCCUCCAUCACCCGCUUCACCAUCACCCCAUCCCUCCGCCAUACACAUGGUCACACAUCUCCAUCUGUUCUAGCGCUACUAUUCCACCUUAUCUUCCUUCCUUCUCUCUCUCUUUCUCUCCCUCUCUCUCUCUCUCUCUCUCUCUCUCUCUCUCUCUCUCCCUUUCUCCCUCCCUCCAUCUCGGCCUGUAUCUGCUCUCCAACAGCACCUGCAACAGAAGUGAUUGUUCUAAUUGGUGUCUCUGGCUUCUCUUUAGUCUGCUGUGAAACAGAUGUCAAUCAAUCACUUACUAUGGUUGAUACCAAAAACUCUUCAUUAAAUUGGAAUUGAUUCAGUUGAUCUGUAAUUAUUCAAUAAGAUCUAAAGCAACAAUAUCAAACAAAAUAGAAAAACCAAUUUUAAGUAUUUUAAAUCUUACCCAUUCUAAUGUACUGGGUGCUUUUGGAGGCUACGACUUAGCUUAGGGCGAGUUGCAGGUUCCCAUAGGAACGGUAAGGUUGUGAAUGGAGGUGUGUGGAUCCAUCCACAGCUAGUGGUUCCUUUACCAUGCUGUAUGUGCGCCAGUCGUUGUAGUGAUGUGGUACUGAUGUGAUUGUGCUAGUCCCUGUGCUAGUGCUGUGUCUGUCAUUUUAGUGUGUAGACCGUACUCUUUUCGGCUUAUGCCGGAUCUACUUCCAACCAUCAUUGCAUUCCACACUAAUGCAUAUUAUCUAAUGCAUUCUGUGUUUGGGUAACCAUAUGGCCAAUAGUUCCAACACUCUCCCGGUGUGUAAAUAUCUUACUGUUGAUUGGCUGAUGUUGCAUUAGCUCCUCCUCCUGCUCUGUGUUGCAGCACAAGUACGGUUAUCGACAGGACAUGUCACCGGGAGAAUGGACCAAUAGCAACGAAGCUCAGGAGCUGGAUCAGGAUCGGCAGGCCAACACGAAUAAA